CACACGAAGAAGGAGAGGUCAGAGGUAACUGAGAGCACAGAGUAGGAAGCGAAUGUUUUGUAAGUUAUGUGUCAGGGGCACGUCAUGUAACUUAUUGAUUUUAGUUAUCAAGUUAAAGAUCUUUAGGGAUUUUCUUCCGUGCAUAUUGUCGGGUAACACUCUCGUAGCUUCAUGGUAAUUCAUUGAACCUAUAAGGUAUUUCUAUGUGCGUGUAUGUUGAAAGAAUAGCUACAUGUCACCUCAACGCUGACAUUCAUAGUUCUUGUACUAGUGACAUGUAGCCCUUACAUUAGACAGCGCAUGCAGUCAUUUAUACUUUUCUACACAGUUGACUUGAUAGACAUAUCAGGAGGUGGAUAAUAACACUCGAAAUGGGCUCUGUCAAAGUCACGGCGUGCUGCAGGCAGCUAUUUUUGCCCUAUGCAAGAGCACUCGCUUUGACUACAAAGAUGGCUAGUGGGAACAUCAUAUGCUGCCUCAGAAGAAAUCUCAGCUCCUCUUCGAGAUUGCGGUCCAGCAUGCCAGCUUGGGUGAUUGACGAGUAUGGCAACAAUGGGGUACUGAGGUUCACUGAAGAAGCCACAGCUCCCAGUGUCAACUCUGCAAGUGAGGUUUUAAUCCAGGUCCAUGCUGCAAGCCUCAACCCCCUCGACAUAUCCAUGAGGGGUAAGCAUCUAUAAACCUGCAAUGUCAAUAUGCUCUAACCUCAUGGUCAUAUUUCCUUAUAAACCAAGAUUAUGUGACUUCAGUCAAUUGUAAUGCAUUAGCUGUCAUGGGAAUAAUUUUGCAUCUACACUACCAGUCAGAAGUUUGGACACACCUACUCAAUCAAGGGUUUUUCUUUAUUUUUACUAUUUUUUACAUUGUAGAAUAAUAGUGAAGACAUCAAAACUAUGAAAUAACACAUGGAAUCAUGUAGUAACCAAAAACGUGUUAAACAAAUCAAAAUAUAUUUUCUAUUUGACAUUCUUCAAAUAGCCACCCUUUGCCUUUAUGAAAAAAAACGAAAAGAAAAACAAAACACUCACUAACUGUAAGUCGCUCUGGAUAAGAGCGUCUGCUAAAUGACUAAAAUGUAAAUGUAAAUGACAGCUUUGAACACUCUUGGCAUUCUCUCAACCAGCUUCACCUGGAAUGCUUUUCCAACAGUCUUGAAGGAGUUCCCACAUGUGUUAUUUCUUAGUUUUGAUGUCUUCACUAUUAUUCUACAAUGUAGAAAAUAGUUAAAAUAAAGAAAAACCCUUGAAUGAGUAGGUGUGUCCAAACGUUUGACUGGUACUGUAUAUCACAAUUUUUACUAAUCCGUUAUCCAUUAUUCUGUCUGUCUCUCGCUCUGUCUGUUUAUAUUUCUCAGGUGGGUAUGGGUCAAAUCUUCUGAAGCUGAGACGGGACCCGGUGUCUUUGGGUCAGAACGGCAGCGAGUUUCCCAUCAUACUUGGUCGGGAUGUCUCUGGCGUGGUGGUGGAUUGUGGGUCGGGAGUGACCCAUUUCAAACCAGGAGAUGAGGUACGUAGUUGAGCAGCUCUGAUGUGGUGUAGUAACAGUCAUUAGGGCCCAUCGUAGCAAAACGUUUUGCAACGGUAAACGAAAAUUGAAAAGUCCAAGUUGUCUCCACGUUUUAGUCGUGUUCCUCCAUUUGGUGCUUACUGAACACAACCAUGCUGAGUUGGUAUGGCAUGCACAGUGCCUUCCUGUGACAUUCAAAAUCACAGCCGUUUUGCUGAUCGAAUGAAAACAGACCUGGUCAUACUUUCUACCUACUGGUAAAUUAUUUGCAUUGUUGGCAGGAAUCAAACGGGUGUUUUUUUUUCAUGCUCAUCACACUCAUUAUCUGAUACCUUGUUUAUCAACUAGGAUUACUCAGCGAUAUCCUUAGAAUGUAUUUUUCCAACCUUAGUGGUUGUGGUUUGGCCGGCCCCCUCAGCGGUGCCUCCACGGGCCUGCAGGUGUGCAGAAACUCGUCUAGUCCAAACUUUCCAGCUGUCUGGUGGUUGCCUGUCUGCUUAUUGCAGUUUAAUUCGGCAUUGUUUUGUGUUUUUUAUAUGCGUUACGUUGUUAUUGUGAAUAAUAGUGAUGUGUGGAAAAUAUAAAAUAAAAUGUUUGAAAUAGAUCAUGUAUUUUUUAUAAUUUUUUUCUUCACAGGUGUGGGCUGCCAUCCCUCCAUGGAAGCAGGGCAGCCUAGCAGAGAUGGUGAAUCUGACGGAGUAUGAGGUCAUUCUACUAUUACUGUGUAUGCUACAUGUACAUUUUAUUAAUGCAAUGACACAGGGUGGUUCUCAGCUUGUAGAGCAUGGCACUUCCAACGGCAGGAUAGCGGGUUCGAUUCCCGGGACCAACCGUACGUAAAAUGUAUGCACGCGUCACUUUAAGUCGCUUUGGAUAAAAGCGUCUGCUAAAUGGCAUUUAUUGUUAUUGUUGUUGUUAAUCAUUAUAUCCCAAACAGGUUUUCAUUCAUUGUGUUAUCCCAUUAUACAUGUACACUAACUUAAUUGUUUCAUUGAAAUAUAUCUUAGUCUGUAAAUGCAGACCGAGCUCAUGGAUGUUUCAUUGAAAUAUAUCUUAGUCUGUAAAUGCAGACUGCACUCAUUGUUGUUUCAUUGAAAUACAGUGAGGGGAAAAAAGUAUUUGAUCCCCUGCUGAUUUUGUACGUUUGCCCACUGACAAAGACAUGAUCAGUCUAUAAUUUUAAUGGUAGGUUUAUUUGAACAGUGAGAAUCAGAAUAACAACAAAAAAUUCCAGAAAAACGCAUGUCAAAAAUGUUAUAAAUUGAUUUGCAUUUUAAUGAGGGAAAUAAGUAUUUGACCCCUCUGCAAAACAUGACUUAGUACUUGGUGGCAAAACCCUUGUUGGCAAUCACAGAGGUCACACGUUUCUUGUAGUUGGCCACCAGGUUUGCAUACAUCUCAGGAGGGAUUUUGUCCCACUCCUCUUUGCAGAUCUUCUCCAAGUCAUUAAGGUUUCCAGCCUGACGUUUGGCAACUCGAACCUUCAGCUCCCUCCACAGAUUUUCUAUGGGAUUAAGGUCUGGAGACUGGCUAGGCCACUCCAGGACCUUAAUGUGCUUCUUCUUGAGCCACUCCUUUGUUGCCUUGGCCGUGUUUUGGGUCAUUGUCAUGCUGGAAUACCCAUCCAUGACCCAUUUUCAAUGCCCUGGCUGAGGGAAGGAGGUUCUCACCCAAGAUUUGACAGUACAUGGCGCCGUCCAUCGUCCCUUUGAUGCGGUGAAGUUGUCCUGUCCCCUUAGCAGAAAAACACCCCCAAAGCAUAAUGUUUCCACCUCCAUGUUUGACGGUGGGGAUGGUGUUCUUGGGGUCAUAGGCAGCAUUCCUCCUCCUCCAAAUACGGCGAGUUGAGUUGAUGCCAAAGAGCUCGAUUUUGGUCUCAUCUGACCACAAUACUUUCACCCAGUUCUCCUCUGAAUCAUUCAGAGUUCAUUGGCAAACUUCAGACGGGCCUGUAUAUGUGCUUUCUUGAGCAGGGGGACCUUGCGGGCGCUGCAGUCCUUCACGGCAUAGUGUGUUACCAAUUGUUUUCUUGGUGACUAUGGUCCCAGCUGCCUUGAGAUCAUUGACAAGAUCCUCCCGUGUAGUUCUGGGCUGAUUCCUUACCGUUCUCAUGAUCAUUGCAACUCCACGAGGUGAGAUCUUGCAUGGAGCCCCAGGCCGAGGGAGAUCAACAGUUCUUUUGUGUUUCUUCCAUUUGCGAAUAAUCGCACCAACUGUUGUCACCUUCUCACCAAGCUGCUUGGCGAUGGUCUUGCAGCCCAUUACAGCCUUGUGUAGGUCUACAAUCUUGUCCCUGACAUCCUUGGAGAGCUCUUUGGUCUUGGCCAUGGUGGAGAGUUUGGAAUCUGAUUGAUUGAUUGUGUCUGUGGACAGGUGUCUUUUAUACAGGUAACAAGCUGAGAUUAAUCUCAGCUCGUUACCUGUAUAAAAGACACCUGGGAGCCAGAAAUCUUUCUGAUUGAGAGGGGGUCAAAUACUUAUUUCCCUCAUUAAAAUGCAAAUCAAUUUGUAACAUUUUUGACAUGCGUUUUUCUGGAUUUAUUUGUUGUUAUUCUGUCUCUCACUGUUCAAAUAAACCUACCAUUAAAAUUAUAGACUGAUCAUUUAAUUGUCAGUGGCCAAACGUACAAAAUCGGCAGGGAAUCAAAUACUUGUUUCCCUCACUGUAUAUCUUAGUCUGUAAAUGCAGACUGCACUCAUUGUUGUUUCAUUGAAAUAUAUCUUAGUCUUUGUAAGACAGUCUUGGUGUUCAGUCAUCCGUUGAAUAGAAAAUAACAUUGGCUUCUUUCAGAUUUUAAUGGCUCUGUUAUAGAGGAGAACAUUAGCUUAUUUUAAUGGCUCUGUUAUAGAGGAGAACAUUAGCUUAUUUUAAUGGCUCUGUUUCCAAACAAAUGGAAGUACCAGGGGGCAUCGCUUUCUACGAACCCUUGCUUGAACUGAAAAAAAAACAUGUAAAACGACGUUGGAUGAGGUGCAAGUCUAUUAUUAUGUAAUCAUAUUGCAACAAAGUGUGCAUAAUUAAUUAAGACUCACAGUACAACUGGUUCCAUGAGCCAGUGAAAGCAGCAAUUAGGCUAGCCAGACAAAUGGGUCUCUGUGUACUUGCUGUGGCUGUGAGUUGUGGGCUGCAUCAUUUGUUUGGCACAUCUCAGCAUGUUGUCCUGUCCUCGCAGCAACUCCAGUCAUUCCACUUUUCCAUCGUUGCCUGAAACUAAAGGGAGGGAGAGUAACGGUUAAGGACGGACAGAUGUGUGUGAGAGUUUGUGUGUGUGUGCAUGUAUGUCCUUGUAUGAAUAAAAAAAGGUGUAUUUAUACCUCAGGUCUCCCACAAACCAAGGUCGCUGAGUCACAUGGAGGCGGUGUCCAUCCCCUACGUGGCUGCCACGGCCCUGUCUGCCCUGGUCAACGCGGGCGGCCUGUGCAGAAACAACUGUGCUAACAAACGGCAAGUACACACACAUUCAUACAUGACCAAAUACUCCCUCUCCCAGACAUCGCUCCUGCCCUGCGCUGUGACAGUAGGGCCCCACCCUGUUCCACUUUGGCCACAAACCCGAGACCUUCUGCACAACAACACUUUGCACUUCCGAAGCAGCAUUCUAAACAAUCACUAUACCAAAAACCAUGGUCUUGGUUUGAGCAAGAGUGACGUUACUUUAAGUGUCACGCAGGAUGAGUACUCCUGAGUGGCGCAGUGGUCUAAGGCACUGCAUCGCAGUGCUAACUGUGCCACUAGAGAUCCUGGUUCGAAUCCAGGCUCUGUCGCAGCCGGCCGCGACCGGGAGACUCAUGGGUGGCGCACAAUUGGCCCAGCGUCGUCCAGGGUAGGGGAGGGAAUGGCCGGCAGGGAUGUAGCUCAGUUGAUAGAGUAUGGCGUUUGCAAUGCCAGGGUUGUGGGUUCGAUUCCCACGGGGGGCCAGUAUAAAAAAAUAUGUAUUCACUAACUGUAAGUCGCUCUGGAUAAGAGCGUUUGCUAAAUGACGACAAAAAAUGUAAAAAUGUAAAUGACGUCACUGCUGCAUGAUGCUCGCUCUGGCGCUCGGCUAACCAGCCAGCGAUACUACGUCUGUUAUAUGUGCUACACUGAAAAUGAAUGGAUCAUCUUCUCUCUAUGAAUCCUGACCUCAUGUCUGGUCACACUCUCUCACCCUCUCUCUCUCUCUAUCUCGCCCUCUCGCUCUCCCCCGCCCUCUCUCUCUCUCUCCCCUCAGAGUUCUUAUCACCGGAGCCUCAGGUGGUGUUGGAACAUUCUCCAUCCAGGUAAGGACCUUUCAGAUAUGACCAGCAGCUCAUAGCACCAACACUAAACACUCACCUCACACCAGCACUAGUGGUCAAUUGACCUUGUGCAAUCAUAAAGAGUAUACACACCAACACACACCCACCCUCCCACCCACACAGAGAGGUGUCUCUCUCACUAAGUGUCUGUUUCCUCCGUAGCUGUUGAAGGCCUGGGGCGCCCACGUGACAGUGACCUGCUCCCACAAUGCCGAGGGGCUGGUGAGGGGUCUGGGGGCGGAUGAAGUGGUGGACUACACGGCAGGAGAUGUGGCCGCGGAGCUGGGACUGCUGGAAAAGUGGGUUUUAUUAGUUGGAAUAAUGUAAAAGUGUGUGUGUGUAUUAGGGAAUGUUUAAAACACUUUUUGCAACAGAAAGCUACAAAUGUGUGUUUCUUACUGGACAAGAACAGGUAGUCCCUCUCUGAUUCUGCCUAAUGAACAACACCCAGAUCCUCAUGAUGUGUCGACUGAGACACAGGGCCACAACACUUGAAAAGAAUGAGUGCCUCAAAGAGAUCAUGUUUUUAAAUAAACCCUAUUUUAUCCAUUGAGAUUCUCCUCUAGAUCUGAUUUGUUAACAUAUUUCUGAGACGUCAUGAGAGUAGCUAGCUACCAAGGUCCAAUCUAAUGAUAUACAGUCACGUUUGCACUCGAAUACCAUUUCCCCCACCGACUCCCUCCCUGGCCAACGUUAUAAACAACUUUACCCACCCACCCAGCUGGGCAGGGUUGAUUUGGCACACCUGCUCGCUGAUUCACUUCCUGGUUUCCAUGGCAAUGUGGCUCAAGGACGAGAGUGUGGGAGGCUAAAUGCCCUCCAUUGGGGGAGCUGAUCAGGAUAAACCUUGUUAACCUUGUCUCAGUGGUCCUCAGUAAGACAUACAGAGAUCACUAGGAAACACUUCAAUCCCUUAGGCUUGGCUAGACGUCUGUCUCGCUCUCUCUUUCUGUCUCGCUCGCUCUCUCUCCUCUGCCCUCUCUCUUACCCUGUUUACACUAGUGAAUCGAGCAGAACUCUACUGCGCUGGCAUGGUUACACAUCCUCCAUCUUAGCUGGAACCGUGCUGGAAUGAACAAAUUGAAAAGGAAGUACCCAAGCCAUCACACUGUGUCAAGUUGGCAUGAUAGUGUGUAGUAGACUUUUUCAUUUAUAACCAGUGUUCUGUCUCCCUGUGUUCCCCCCUCAGGUUCGACGUGAUCCUGGACAAUGUGGGUGGGGACUCGGAGCAGUGGGCCCUGGGCAUGCUGAAGUCCUGGUCAGGGGCCAAAUACGUGACCCUGGUCACCCCCUUCCUGCUUAACAUCGACUCCAUGGGCCUGCUGGAGGGAGCCGUCCACUCAGGACUCAACCUGCACCAGAAGGCCAUCACGGUAAGCUAGCAUAACAAGUUGAUGCUGGCAGUGUGAACAAUGCAUACAUGUCACGGGUGAGGUCUGAACUCCGGUCUUACGCUCAGGAAACAACGUCUUAACCAUUAGACCAAGACAAAGUCGCUGGCAGGGCUACCUCAUCACGAGGGCGUGAGUCCGACUCACCUCCGCUACGCUACGCUACACAUGGAAAAACGUCCUCAAAUAUUACUCUCAUGUCAAAGUUGAAAAAGCCUUUAUUGUAACUUGGCUAAACCAACCGACCACGCCCCUCUGUCUGGGUGGGGUUACAGGGGCAUUAAACCUUAAUACCCCUUUUCGGACCACUGAGCUGCGCUGGCCUGGUUACACAUCAAACAUAGUUGCUAGAACCAUGCUGGAAAAGACCAUGUAGAAAAGAUCUGUACCAAUGCAUUAGAAUGGUGUGAGAAAUAGAUGAGUGAAACCCCCUAGUCUGGCCAGGGUGGGGCAGUUAGCACCAUGUGACUGCUUCAACCAACCAGGGCCUGUAUUCAUAUUGUCUCAGAGUAGGAUUAGUGGCAGGUUCUGUCCUGACUUGGCUUUAUGGAGAUCGAUAGCAUCACAUGACUUCAAUUAGGGCUGGGUGAUAUAUAGAAUUAUGUAGAUUAAUUCACAUGUAUGUUUUUGCGCGAUAUGCCUGUAUUGCAGAAACUAGGUUUUUUGUAUUUUUCGUUUUUCUGAGCGUUUAUGUCCGCUUGUUCUCAUGUUGUCUUUUUGGUCAUCUCGUUCGCUCCUUCUGUAAUGUGUUUUUUAUCAAGAUAUAUAUUUUGAAUCGCCCAUAAGUUUGAAAAAGAUGGCGAUGUGAGUUUUAGGCCAGAUCUCCCAGCCCUAACUUCAAUAUGGGUUGUGCUUAAUCAGUGGAAAUAACCCUGCAGGGUGUCACUAUUCUAAACGGUUUUGUGAGGAAGAGAAUAGAUUCGGUGAGAGGAGGAAUCUGCCUGUUUGUGUGUGUUUGUAUCGCUCUCUGUGAGUGUGUAUGUGUGUGUCUUACAUGCAGCUGGGCUGUUUGUGGAGUUAAUGUCUAAUAGCCUGGGUGUGGUGGAGUUUAACUAAAUGGAUGGAUGGUUUGGAACAGGGUGGAGUUGAACUAAAUGGAUGGAUGGUUUGGAACAGGGUGGAGCUGAUGCUUAGGUAUUCUUGGUUAACCCAGAACUAAAGUUUUGCAUAAUUGGUCAGCUGCUCGAUUAAGUUCAGGGUCCAUAAGAGAAGAGAUGAAGAGAUGUUAGAAUGAGGAGCUCCACCCUCUUUCUUUGCAAGUUACGGGCAGGUCUAUGGGCCGAAUGUCCCCUUCCGAAAUUCUAAAGAUACGAACACCUGUGAAAUCGUGAUUGGUCCAAAUAAACUCAAGCACUGGAACUAUUGCUGUUUAUUGGCUAUCAGUGCCAUAGUAUAAAGACUGAUCUAUGAUACCAUUUAUGUCUAAGUAGUCUGCCCACGACAGAUUACUGCUUAGGGGACUUUGCUAUGUGGUCCUCCUGAACAGCACAAGCCUGGUAGGCAAGGACAAUGACUCUGGCAGUGAGUUACACUAGUCACUAGACUGUCUGUCUGUCUGUGUGUGAGACAUGCACACGGGAGGUCUGCUGAAACUGCAGUUUUUAGGCAGUCAAAUCGCUAAAUGCGUGUGUGUAUGUUUCCCACCAAGCCUGUGGCUCAGGGCCUUAUUGUCUGGGUGAGCAGCCGGCUGGCCAUACUGCGGGGCUGAAGCAUGAGUCACACUGGACAGACAGACAGACAGACAGACUAGGGCUGGAGCUGGACACGUUACCUGAGAGAGCACAGCCCGACGGGGACCUCUAGUGGCCCAACGCAGCCUUACUAGUCUAGAACACAAGUGGCACUUUCAUAGCCUGUUCCCAGAUUUGCUUGUGCUAUCAUCAUGUCAUAUCCUUGUCAUGACAAUGUCAAGGAGUUGACACGAUAGCACAGACCUGGGACCAGGCUAGCACAUUCACUUAUUCCUGGGGACACAUAGUAUAAUGCCAUCAUGUGUUAACUUAGCAUUAUUAUGUGGCUAUGCAGUGUUGUAUAGGAUGUGUCCCGUGCAGUACAUGGUGCUGCCAAACAGUCAUUAUCAAUGUCAUUCCACCAGCGUUUGUGCUUGCUGUUCAUAUUUGGUCCUGUGUCAGUUUUCUAUCUGUUUAUGGCCUUUGGGGACAGUAAAGAUGUAUUGAAUUGAAUUGAUCUCAGACAGUAUCUUGACCUUCCAAUCUCUCCCUCUCAGAACAUGUGUAAGGGAGUGUUCUACCGCUGGGGGUUCUAUGCUCCAGACGGCCCUGCGCUGGAUGAGGUCAGCCAGCUGGUGGAUGCCGGAAAGGUACUGCUACUGCAUUCUCUAGUCUAUAACAUCCUACAUUUCUUCAGAUGGAAAUUAGCCAGGUAGAUGGGUCUAUACAAGCCACAGAUUCCAAGCAUAGUGGUAUAUUCAGAGUCUCCCUCUGUCUGUGUCUCUGUGUGUGGGCAUUCCCCUGUGUCGGUGCGUGGUUGGCUAUGAGUCAGAUUUGAACAGUGAAUGGAUUUCCAACAGUGCUGAGCAGUGCCCCCCCCCCCCCCCCGUCACGGGUGUAAUCCAUACCCCUUUGUCCCAGGGAUUAUAGGGACAGCAUGGCAUUUUGGGGAACGGGCGUGCCGUGCUGGUGGCAGGAAUCCAUUCCAACACAUGCACACAGACAUACCCCACACACACCGCCCUGUCAGUAUGGAGAUCGAUUUCUAUCAAAAUGUUUAAAAUAUAUUAGUAGUGAGUCACAAAAAAAAGAUGUUGUGCAAAUAUAGAAUGCAACUUUUAAAUAACAAUCAGACUGUAAAUAUGCCUAUAUAGUUUCACAAACGUGUCAUGAUCCAAAAGCAAAUGAAAUUAACAAAAAUACAGGUUUUUUUCUGGUUAAAACAGCACAUUUUAAAAAUAUAUUUCUUACUUUGCGAACACAACAGUGGUCAAAUAUGCUUUGGGAAUGUAACAACAUUUGUGACACCACAGAUUACAUUUGUGACCUCCUUUUUAAAAUGUGUGACUCACUACUUAGUUCUCUAUCAAAAUAUUAAAAAUAUAUAUCUCCAUAUUUAUCAGACUCAGCCAGAUGGCUGGUCUCUCACUGUGAGGCCAGUAGCCGGUCCAUUCAUUGUUAAUUACAAGAGACGCUGACAAGAAUAACAUGUUGGGUGGUGGGAGGGGCCACAGGAUUGUCUAGCCUCAUCACAUUUUUAACACCAGCUCCUCUCUCGUUUUUUUGUUGACUCUUGUGCAUUCAUUUGGAGAUUAUUUGGGCAUGGGUGGUUGGGGGAAUGGUAGAUAAUGAAUGAGAGCGUUUGUUGGAUUCCCAGAUGUAGUCAUAGAUUAACCUGUUAACGGUUCUCCUGCAGUAUGGAUUAGUUUGGUUGGUUGAGGUCCAUACACACAGCUCGCUGCAAAAACAAGCAAGUCAUUUCAUUGGUUCUAGUGACACACUUAGUCCUAGGGUAUUUCUUUGAGGUGGUUAUUCAUUGGUGGAUUAUGUUUUUACUGUCCAUGUGUAUACAGACACUCACUCGGUGUUGUCAUUUCCUAGAUCCUUCCAGUGGUGGAGGCCAUGUUCCCGUUCUCCCAGGUGCCCCAGGCCUUCCAGAAACUAGAGGGGGGUCAUGCCAGGGGAAAGACUGUGGUCACCGUGGCCCAAGAGGAGGAGGGGACCAGAGUGACUGAAGAGGAGGGGGAGGUGGAGACUAGUGACACACCAGAGCAAGUCAGGGAGGAAGUCAGGGAAGCAGUGCCAAAGCGCUAAACUGCUGUGAUGUCAACUUUAAGCAUUGGGUCAUUAAGGCAUGCAACUGAAAAUGUUUUAAAACGCUUUGCAACGGACAACUUAAAUCAUUGUUUUCUUUUGGUCCAGUCCAGUUAGUCCCACCCUGUUUCAGUCAGUUUUCUUACAUUUGCCUAAUGAACACGACCCUGGAUAUAGGUUGUCCAUGUCCAUCCUGUAGAACUCUGAACGCUUUCUUGACCGCUACUGCAAAACGGUGUUUGGUAUGCAUUGUUUGCGUUUUUGCAGAUAAACUGCUUGUUUGAGAAAGGCAACAUUUAUUUAUCUUAUGGUAUAUUUCUGUAGUUGUGUGUUGAGAAUUCAUUACUGAAAAGUAAAAUAUAUACAUUUUGAUCUGCGCAAUUGAGUCAUACUUUUAUGACAUGUUUUGUUAGGCACUUUAUUCCAAAUAUUCUAGAUGUUAUUCCAAAUAUUCUAGAUAACAAAAUAUAAUCACAUCACAUUUAUUUACAUAAGGAUAUUAAUGGCAGACUUGAAUAAAACGUCUGAAAAAUACAUAUAUUCAUCCAAAAUGUUACAAUGUCAAACUCGUAUGUUAUCAGAUACAACAUUAAUGGGUAGGUAAAGUAUUUCAAGUUUAGUCUUGCGAAUCCACUUUCCCUUAAUGAAGUAAUUUACAUUUACAUUUUUAGUCAUAUAGCAGACGCUCUUAUCCAGAGCGACUUACUAAUGAAUGCUAUUGUUUUGUCCCUGUUUGUUCGUGAAGAAGUAAUGCGAUAUUAUAGAUUAUCCAGGAAGCUUCAUAUAUUUUCCAUGUCGACCUCAGAGGAAAGAGUAUACUGUAUAUGAGCUUCUCUUCCAGCAGCAAAUGUUCUGUUCCUGAGGCAUCUUGUCCUUGACGCCUGUAUGAGGCCCACGCUGCAGCUGCGCCACAGAGCUGUGAGGCCCUUCAUCAUACUGCACCUCAGAGACUACACCCAGUUCUUCCCUCUCAAAACAAGACCUCAGAGAAUCUCCACUGUCCAUCUUUGGUUAGGUUUGUUUGGAUCAAACGUGUUGAGAAUCACCUGGUUUCUGUCAUAGUGUUGACCACCUGCAAGGACAGACAAAAUUAUUUGAGUUGGGCCCUGUUUAAAUACAAUGUGUCCUAGCUUCCUUGGGGCAAUCACUGAUCUGCCAAGGUUGGGUCAGUGAAAGCAAAAGUGGAAACGUUGCCUUAACUUAUCCAAUGACUUACUGAUUAGUGAUUACCUCAAAGGAGGGGCAAAUUUUUGUAAGGCCCUUCCUUGGGUCACUUGUAAGGCCCUUCCUUGGGUCACUUGUAAGGCCCUUCCUUGGGUCACUUGUGCAUAUGGCGGAGGCUUGAGGGAAUGCGCAAAUGGAGGGGAGAGGGGAAGGGAGUGUUUUGGGAUUUAGCCUGUCUGUCUCUAAACUUGACACAAGCCUAUUUGAUACUGAAUCCAGCUGCAGCCUGUUGUCACGUCUUAGUCCAUCCACAAGGUGUCGCUAAUUCACAAUGUUUCUAGUGAAGUUACCUAAUCGCCUAUGUAAAACCCCAGAACUGAAUGAAGUGAAACCAGUGAACAAUAAAUUACACUGACACAGACUAGUUCCUGUAGCUCCAAGAGGUAGAAGCAUUAUUGCAAUAGGUUUCUCUUGCCUUCUGAUUGGCUGGGUGGGAAUGUCAUCAUAUUGCUUCUACCUAUCAAAUCCUCUCAGAUCUACAGGAGUGGCUGGGGAGUUGGGACCGUAUUCAUUAGUGUAGCCUAGUGAAUAUGACCCUGGUAACCCAUGUCUGUUGUUGUUUCUGCCUCACCUUUGACCUCCAGGACCAGGUCUGGGCUGGCGGUGUAGCGGAUAAGGCCAUCAGGCGUGAUGCUCCAGCAGGAGGGUUGUUUGCCGGGCUCAGGUGAGAGGCCCAUACGACUGCCUGCCAUGGCCACGCUGCUACACGGAGCCACACAGCAAUCCUCCAGCACCUGGAAACACAGAGUAGAAAACCUUAGAUUUAAAAACUUUAUUAUCCUAUAAAGAGGAAGUCAUUUGUACCGACAUUCAAUCACACACUUAAAAUAAAGAAUGGGCCUGCAUCAAGCAUAAAAACUAGUUGAGCGUUGUAAUAAACCAUAUAAGUGAAGGAUAGCGCAUGAUGCUGUGGGACCGUGGCAGGGAGUACCGAGCUGGAGUCCAAAGGCUGUUAUAAACUAACUACUUGAAGUCAUGGGUCUGAAUUUAAAGUUCAUGAAAUAAUAAUCAACAUGCUUACUCAAAAUUUCUACUCCCAAAAAUAGUCGAUAAUCCAUUAACAAUGAAAUGGAUGGCAUUCAAUUUAUGUAAAGUUACAAGGCCACGUUCCGAGUGCUUCUCUGGAAGAAUAAACUCUAAGAGCUGUAGGUGCAGCCCACGACCAAAACAUAGACUACUAGUUAGAUAGAAUACUUAACAAAUCCCCAAGGAAUGUAUUACCCAAGAACCAGCAGUACACCAGGAUCAGAUUUAAAUACCCCUGCUCUAGUGCUUGAUAAGUCACAGUUUUCCUGGCCUGUCCACCUCCUCUUCUAAACUGGAGCUCUGCUACCCGACCCGAGCCUGACGGGCCCCGACAUUAUACAUCUGGUUAGGGCCGGGUAGGGCCUGUUUUCUCAUCAAUAACAUAAUAAGGGCUUGGGUAUCACUAAAUUGAUCACUAACAUUUUGAAGCCAUUUGCUCGUACUCUGUUGCACAGUACAGUCAUAUCUGACUAAGAUCAUAAGGAGUCAGAAGUGCUUCAACCUCGUCAAAUAUAAAACAGGAGAGAUUAUUUCAAAAAAUUUAGAAUGUUCCUUGAGUUUUGUCAGAGUUUAGAGUGACCAAAAGUAGCUAACAGCUAACUGCUCUCUCAUGUCUCUGUUCGUUGAGCAGAGCCAGAGAUACUUUUAAGGAGAUGGGAAACUCCAUUGGAAUAGUAUUAAUGCCCAUUGUGUACGUUGCCCAUGCUACGUCAAUGGGCCAUACAGUGAAUUCUGGGACAAGGAUAGCUCUCUUUCAAGGCGUGAAUGGGAGUCAGUUGGGCGCUAGGUCAAAAACCCAGCAUUAUCAUGAAUUUCGUCAAUAAGAAGUACAACAUUACAAAUCUUUUCAGAGAUGUGAGAUAAUUAUCUUGCUAUCUGUAUAGCUUUGGAAUCGUGACAUUACGUACUUUUGAGGAAAAUAGGCAUGUUUCUCGACUCACACCUUGAUUUUGUGAUGAUUAGCUUAGCAACCACGUGACGCAACAUGACAACGUCAACGCGAUUGGUCGACAGUCUGCUGGGUGGGGCGCUAUUCGUUCCUCCAUUCAUUGCCCAAUAGGAUUCCUAUCUCCUCCUUUCUCUAAUAUUUCUGGCAGAGCCGUUGCUAUGGAUACACAGACUCAGAGCCACCAUGAGCAGUGUGCAUGCAGAGCAAGCUGCCUGCACGCAGGGAGCGAUUGAGUGACAGACAGAGAGGAGCAGCUAAUGGAUUUACUAAUGUAGGAAGUUAUUUCUGGUUUCGGGCCUUAAAUUUGGCAGAACCCAUCGGGCCUGGGUAGGGUAGGGCCUGAACGUCACGGGCAUGGGCAGGACUUUACUCUAAACACCCUGUUGCCAUGACGAUGCUACCUUGCAGUGGAGAUGUCCGUCCCGAUAGAACCAGAUCUGUUGGACUCCGCCCAUCUCCUCUGUUGCCUGGAUACGCAUCAGCUUGAUAUCAUCCAUCUCCCCGGUGACAGACAUUAGAAGGCCCUCCUCCUGGCUCCUCAACCGGAAGUGCACCUGUCGCUGCUCAUGUAACACAGACACACACACACACACACACACUUGAUUAGUGUUUACACACACACAGGUAGUUCUCAGUUCAACAUGCUCUCAAUGCAUUCCUGUCUGCCAUGCAGCGCUUGUGCUCACAUAGAAUAUUAUGUAAAGCCCCCUUGAUCGGCCCGUUACACAGUAUUGCACUAUAGAAGCCAACAGUACACCUUUAAAAGGCAUUUUCCCUGACUUUUGCAGAGAUCACAAUAACGGUAAACGCUGCCGAUGUUGGCUCAAGUGUAAAUUACCUUCAAAAAUCUGUUAUAGUGUGUAGUUCUAUAACACAACUUUUAUUGAAUCCCGGCCUUAAUCUCUGUGCGCCCAUAUAAUCAUGUAAUCACAUUUGAGAUGGCUUCUUACCUGGAUCAGUGGGCGCAGGGAUCCGAUUCGCUGCCAGCUACUGAAUCUGCGCCAGUCGGGCACCUCGCCGGGCUUCAGCAGAAUCUGAGCUCCGCGGUAGUUGAUCCCCUCAUACAGCACCCACCUGUCAAUCAAAGAAGUAACCAAGUGUCAAUCAAAAAGUAUCAAUACACACUUGCAAAGCUUAGUGUCUCACAUACAUAUCAGACAUAAAUUAUUCCUUGAACUUUUCACUCAGUGUCAAUCAAAGACAAGUGUCAAUCAAAGACAAGGUCAAAACACAGUUACCAAACUAAGUGUCUCACUCACAUAUCAAUUAGUAAGGAGUGAUUGCUUUGCCUUUUCACCCACUCAACCCCCAUAGAAACUAGAACACAUCCACACAGUAACAUGCUGUCUAUGCUGUUGGGUCUGUGCUGAUGUCAUCGCUUUAUCUGCUCCAUUCCUUAGGCCUCAUCCCAUUUCUCUCCGUGCAAGAAGGUCCCACUCAUGAGUUAUAGGUCUGACCCUGCUGGGUCCCGUUGUGUUUCUGUGUGUUCCAGAGGUGAGUCCACAUCUCCAGUCUGAAUGUCACACACCAUUGGGAACUUUCCACCUGGCUCCUCACUACCUAAUAAUAUCCCACGAUUCCAAGUCCCUUCCCUUCCCUCUUCAAAUCAAAUCAAAUCAAGCUUUAUUUAUACAGCACAUUUCAGACAUGGAAUGCAACAUAAUGUGCUUAAAAAAAUAAGUAUGAAAAUAAAUAUUUACUACACAACAAACAUAAGAUGAUAAAAAAACAAAAGAAUAACAAUACAAACUGAACGAUUAAAAAGCACCCUAAGGAAAAGCAAAGCUAAAAAGGUGUGUUUUAAGAUCUCUUUUAAUAUGUCCACAGUUUGGGAUAAUAACUCUAAUAACUAACGGCUCCAGCUCCAUGCCUCUUGGUCCUAGGCUUAGUUCAAAGGCCAGUGCCAGAGGACCUGAGGGACCUAAUCACGUAAAGCAUGUCUAACAUGUAUUGGGGUGCAAAAUCGUGGGUUGAUUUAAAUACCAAUAGAAUAAUCUUAAAAUUAAUUAUAAAACUCACAGGCAGCCAGUGCAGAGACCUUAAAACCGGUGUAAUGUGUGCUCUCCGUCUGGUCUUGGUCAGUACCCGUGUGGCAUCAUUCUGUAUGUUUUGCAGUUGACCAAUUACUUUCUUGGGUAGACCAGACAGGAGAGCAUUACAGUAGUCAAGCCUGCAUGUAAUAAAAACUUGGAUGAGUCUCUCUGUAUCAGCCUGAGAGAGAAACGGCCGCACCUUGGCAAUGUUCCUCAGGUGGUAAAAAACUAUUUUGGUCACAUUCCUAAUGUGUGAUUUGAAAUUAAGUUCAGAAUCAAAAAUAACACCUAGGUUUUUUACCUGCUGUUUUAUCUUUAUUGCCUGUGAAUUAAAAUGUGCGGCCAGAUUCGCUCUCUGUGCUUUGGCUCCAAAAAUAAGUACCUCGGUCUUGUCUUGAUUUAGCUGGAGGUAGUUGUGAGCCAUCCAAGUAUUUAAAUCACUAAUAGAGUCUAAUAAUUUAUCCGUGGAGCUAAAAUCCUCUGGUGACACAGAAAUUUAAAGUUGUGUAUCGUCUGCGUAGCAGUGAAAAUCAAUGCUGUGCUUUCUGAUAAUGCUGCCAAGGGGUAACGUAUAUAAACUAAACAGUACCGGACCCAAAAUCAAACCAUGUGGAAUGCCACAUUUUCUCUGAGUUAUGUUCACCAAGGGUGACAAAAAACUCUUGACCGGUUAAAUAGCUCCUAAACCAAUUUAGAACUGGACCGGAGAGGUCAACCCACCUCUCCAGUUUGUCCAGAAGGUCAUCAUGGUCAACAGUGUCGAAUGCAGCACAUACAGUGGGGAAAAAAAGUAUUUAGUCAGCCACCAAUUGUGCAAGUUCUCCCACUUAAAAAGAUGAGAGAGGCCUGUAAUGUUCAUCAUAGGUACACGUCAACUAUGACAGACAAAUUGAGAAAAAAAAUCCUGAAAAUCACAUUGUAGGAUUUUUAAUGAAUUGAUUUGCAAAUUAUGGUGGAAAAUAAGUAUUUGGUCACCUACAAACAAGCAAGAUUUCUGGCUCUCACAGACCUGUAACUUCUUCUUUAAGAGGCUCCUCUGUCCUCCACUCGUUACCUGUAUUAAUGGCACCUGUUUGAACUUGUUAUCAGUAUAAAAGACACCUGUCCACAACCUCAAACAGUCAUACUCCAAACUCCACUAUGGCCAAGCCCAAAGAGCUGUCAAAGGACACCAGAAACAAAAUUGUAGACCUGCACCAGGCUGGGAAGACUGAAUCUGCAAUAGGUAAGCAGCUUGGUUUGAAGAAAUCAACUGUGGGAGCAAUUAUUAGGAAAUGGAAGACAUACAAGACCACUGAUAAUCUCCCUCGAUCUGGGGCUCCACGCAAGAUCUCACCCCGUGGGGUCAAAAUGAUCACAAGAACGGUGAGCAAAAAUCCCAGAACCACACAGGGGGACCUAGUGAAUGACCUGCAGAGAGCUGGGACCAAAGUAACAAAGCCUACCAUCAGUAACACACUACGCCGCCAGGGACUCAAAUCCUGCAGUGCCAGACGUGUCCCCCUGCUUAAGCCAGUACAUGUCCAGGCCCGUCUGAAGUUUGCUAGAGGAUUGGGAGAAUGUCAUAUGGUCAGAUGAAACCAAAAUACAGUGAAUGCUGAGUUGCAUCCAAAGAACACCAUACCUACUGUGAAGCAUGGGGGUGGAAACAUCAUGCUUUGGGGCUGUUUUUCUGCAAAGGGACCAGGACGACUGAUCCGUGUAAAGCAAAGAAUGAAUGGGGCCAUGUAUCGUGAGAUUUUGAGUGAAAACCUCCUUCCAUCAGCAAGGGCAUUGAAGAUGAAACGUGGCUGGGUCUUUCAGCAUGACAAUGAUCCCAAACACACCGCCCGGGCAACGAAGGAGUGGCUUCGUAAGAAGCAUUUCAAGGUCCUGGAGUGGCCUAGCCAGUCUCCAGAUCUCAACCCCAUAGAAAAUCUUUGGAGGGAGUUGAAAGUCUGUGUUGCCCAGCGACAGCCCCAAAACAUCACUGCUCUAGAGGAGAUCUGCAUGGAGGAAUGGGCCAAAAUACCAGCAACAGUGGGUGAAAACCUUGUGAAGACUUACAGAAAACGUUUGACCUGUGUCAUUGCCAACAAAGGGUAUAUAACAAAGUAUUGAGAAACUUUAGUUAUUGACCAAAUACUUAUUUUCCACCAUAAUUUGCAAAUACAUUCAUUAAAAAUCCUACAAUAUGAUUUUCUGGAAAAAAAAUUCUCAUUUUGUCUGUCAUAGUUGAUGUGUACCUAUGAUGAAAAUUACAGGCCCCUCUCAUCUUUUGGGAAAACUUGCACAAUUGGUGGCUGACUAAAUACUUUUUUUCCCCACUGUAAAUCCAAGAGUACAAGGACAGAAAGCUGUUUGGCAUCUGUGUUGGCUCUAAGAUAAUUUACCACUUUAACUAAGGCUGUCUCUGUGCUGUGGUGGGCACGGAAUAAAGAUUGGAAUUUUUCUAAAAUACAGUUGGCACUUAAAAAAUAAUUUAGCUGUUUGAAAACCAAUUUCUCCAGAAUUUUGCUUAAGAAUGGAAGGUUAGAGAUUGGCUGAAAAUAGCUAAGAACUGAAGAAUCUAGAUUACUUUCUUCAGAAGGGGUUUCACCAUAGCAGUUUUUAGUGCAGUGGGGAAAGUGCCUGUGAACAGGGAGUGAUUAACAAUAGCUUGCACUUCUUCAGAUAUGCAAUUAAAAACACUUUUGAAGAAGGUGGUGGGGAUAGGAUCGAGAAGGCAGGUAGAAGGCUUAAGUUGUGAUAUCACUUUCCUGAGCAUGUCUGUGUCAACCAGGGAAAAUACAUCCAUAGUGCCUUUGCGUGGUAGGCUAGGGCACAUAUCAUCAAACUUCUCAGCAGGUCUUGCUUGACUGAUACCCUGCCUAAUGUUGGUUAUCUUAUCUCUGAAACAUGCUGCAAACUCAUCAAAUUUAGAUGUGGAGGAAAGUUCACAUAGGUUUGCGGGGGUAGAAUUUAUCAGGCCAUUCGAGCACUCUCGAAUUAUUCAGAUUAUUAGUGAUCAAGUUCGAAAAAUUUGCCGUCUGGCAUUUCUAAUCGCCUUGUUAUACAGUGCAUUCGGAAAGUAUUCAGACCCCUUGACUUUUUCCACAUUUUGUUACAUUUCAGCCUUAUUUUGAAAUGUAUUAAACUAUAUUUUUUCCUCAUCAAUCUACACACAGUACCCCAUAAUGACAGAGCAAAAACAGGUUUGUAGAAAUGUUUGCAAAUGUUUGCAAAAAUAAUAAUAAUGUAAAUAUCACAUUUACAUACAGCACCAGUCAAAAGUUUGGACACACCUACUCAUUCCAGGGUUUUUCUUAAUUUUUACUAUGCUCUACAUUGUAGAAUAAUAGUGAAGACAUCAAAACAAUGAAAUAACACAUAUGGAAUCAUGUAGUAACCAGAAAAUCAAAUAGCCACCCGUUGCCUUGAUGACAGCUUUGCAAACUCUAUUUCUAUUUAAUUUAUUUGUUUCCCCACUCAUCCAAGGGGCUCUCCGUUUGGAUGUGGCCUUUUCAGCUUUACUGGAGCUAUGGCAUCAACGGUUGCCCUUAACUUGCUAUUAAAGUUAUCAACUAAAUCAUCACAAGAGGAAGGCAGAAUAGGUGACAGAGUAUUGUUCAUACACUCAAUAAAAUCUGUAGUAACUUCAGAGGUAAGAUAGCGUUUCUUAAUAAUGCGUUCAGUAUUACCUUGUGCUAUGGGCAAAAAGGUCGUAAAAAAAAUACACAGUCCCCCAUUGCCUGACUGCGCAUUCUACACUAGACUAAACUCCUACUUUCUGAUGACCGUGUGUUCUACACUAGACUAAACUCCUACUUCCUGCUGACCGUGUGUUCUACACUAGACUAAACUCCUACUUCCUGAUGACUGUGUGUUCUACACUAGACUAAACUCCUACUUCCUGCUGACUGUGUGUUCUAGACUAGACUAAAGUCCUACUUCCUGCUGACCGUGUGUUCUACACUAGACUAAACUCCUACUUCCUGCUGACUGUGUGUUCUACACUAGACUAAACUCCUACUUCCUGCUGACUGUGUGUUCUACACUAGACUAAACUCCUACUUCCUGCGUGUUCUAGACUAAAGUCCUACUUCCUGCUGACCGUGUGUUCUACACUAGACUAAACUCCUACUUCCUGCUGACUGUGUGUUCUAGACUAGACUAAAGUCCUACUUCCUGCUGAUCGUGUGUUCUACACUAGACUAAACUCCUACUUCCUGCUGACCGUGUGUUCUAGACUAAACUCCUACUUCCUGCUGACUGUGCAUUCUACACUAGACUAAACUCCUACUUCCUGUUGACCGUAUAUUCUACACUAGACUCAACUUUUACUUCCUGCUGACCGUGUGUUCUACACUAGACUAAACUCCUACUUCCUGCUGACUGUGCAUUCUACACUAGACUAAACUCCUACUUCCUGCUGACUGUGCAUUCUACACCAGACUAAACUCCUACUUCCUGUUGACCGUAUAUUCUACACUAGACUCAACUUUUACUUCCUGCUGAUCGUGUGUUCUACACUAGACUAAACUCCUACUUCCUGCUGACCGUGUGUUCUACACUAGACUAAACUCCUACUUCCUGCUGACCGUGUGUUCUACACUAGACUAAGCUCCUACUUCCUGCUGACCGUGCAUUCUACACUAGACUAACUCCUACUCCCUGCUGACUGUGCACCAUUUCCAUAACUGUGAACUGUGUAAUAAUAGCUCCAACUGUAAUCUACUAAUACCCACCCAGAAGACUAGUGUGAAGUGUGCUGUGCUCUGUGUUUACAAAAGGUUGAUGAACUGGUCUGGGGAUUUUCAUGGAAAGCGGCAGUGAAGUAGUACGAUGACUCACGAGAAUCCUUUUGGCAUUGUAAAUACAGUGAUUAAUUUGCUCACAGUGUGUGAACUACUUGUAUUAAGCGUCGACACGUGGUCUCUUGGCGUUGAGCUAAAGAAAGACUACACAUGUCUGUCAGUGGAUAAAGGAGUACACAUGGCUGUGUCACACGUCAGUGCCAUUUCUAACAGCUCCAAAGAAAAAUUAUCUUUCCAGCUUGGUGUGUUCCUUUAUAUAGUAUGUACUGUAAGGAAAUAAACGUAAGAGCUAGCUUCCUGGGGAAGCCUGAGUAUGAUUCUCUUAGACAAAUGCACUCACCAGCGACACACCCACACAAAGAACACGGAGCUCUGUCUGUGGUUAGGAAGGGCCCCAUAACCUUGGCCACAGGCCAUUGUGCACAACUUGGGGAGGUGUGUCUGGUGCGCGAGACUAGGAGGCUCAUGCAUACAAAUAUAUGACCUCAGACAGACAGACAGGUAGGCAGACGACAGACAGAGGCAUAAGGACAGACAGGAUGUGCUGUAUGUACUCACAUGCCUCCCUCCACCAGGACAGACUGGACCAGGCUGCAGCCUUUGGCAAGCUGGAGGUUGACCGAGCCGGCGGUCAGAACCACCCUCUUCCCCCGUAGACCUGUCCUCUCAAACAGGGUGACAGAGGGCAGCGAGAACUCCUAUGA